UUGACUGCAGAAGAAAAAAUCGCAUAUUCAAAGAUAUUCAAGUCCUUGGAUCCUGAAACCUUAGGAAUUGUUACUGGAGAAGUUGCGAGAUCUACUUUUGAGAAUUCUUCCUUAUCACCCGUCACUUUAGGCAAAAUUUGGCAGAUUGCUGAUAAAGACAACAAUGGCUUUUUAACACAAACCGAUUUUAUCGUUGCAAUGAGAUUAAUCGCUCAUGUCCAAAGUGGUAAAAAAUUGUCUCCUUCUUUAGCAAACAUUGCCGGUCCUGUAGCUCGUUUUAAUGGCGCCAAAAAAAACUCUGUUAUUUCUCCUGCUGCCACUGGCAACUCUUUUAAUCCAAUCACUAGUAAUAAUCUCUCUUCCUCAUUAUCUACAUCUCUCACAAUAUCCAAUGAAGAAAUCCUUCAAUACUCUCAACUUUUUGACAAUCUUGUUCCAAAUCACUCUCAUUUGAUAUCUGGUAUGCAAGCUAGAUCUAUUUUUUUGAAAUCAAAUAUUCCUAAUAUUGUUUUGGGCCAAAUUUGGAACAUAGUUGAUAGAGGAAAUAAAGGCACCUUAACUAAAGAAGAAUUCAUUCUGUCUAUGUUUUUAAUCAAUUCCUUUUUAACUGGAUUAAUCAAACAAGUUCCAACCUCAAUUCCUAAUGAAAUGUGGCUAAAAAUAAAUCUGGUUUUAAGCUCAAACAAACAACAACAGAACUUGCUCUCUCAACAAACCAUACCUCCUACUUUACCCUCAAGAAAGCCUACCAUUUCAGCUUCGUCUUCUUUGACUACUGUUUCUCAAAAUCUCACCGGUAAUUUUCCAUUGUCAUAUAAUUCUACUGGUUCUACCACCACAAUAUCCGAAUGGGCAAUUACCCCUCAGCAAAGAGUUCAAUUUGAUUCUAUAUUUAACAAGUUGGAUAAGGAAAAAAAAAAUUUAUUGUCUCCUACCCAAGUUGCCACAUUUCUAGGUAGCUCUAAACUACCCAAAGAAGAUUUAGCUAAAAUUUGGGAUUUAUCCGAUCUAAAAAAUACUGGCUAUUUUUCACUUCUAGAAUUUUCUGUAGCUUUGUUUCUCACUCAAAGACGAUUAAGAGGUGCGAAUUUAACCAUUGACUCCAUUCCUCAAUCCUUAAUAUCAAGUAUU